AUGGAUUCACUAAACAAUUAUAAGUCAACCCAAAUAAUACUAAGUAAUGAUAGUACUUUAAAUAAAGAUGAUCAAACUACAACUCAGAUAAUAGAUAAUCAAUUGAUUGCUAAAGAUUCGAACAAUGAUAUGUCACCAUCAAUAUUGGGAUUAAAUAUAAGUAAUAAUUUUCUAAAUCAAUUAAAUGAAACUAGUACCAGUAAUGAAGAAGUAAAUAACAAUAACUUAGAUUUAAGUAUAUUAGAUAAAAUCAGACAAAGAUUAUUGGGUCUGACUUCGAAUGAUACUACAAAUUUAAAUGAUACUCAACCAAUCAAUAAUGAAGAUACCCAAAAAAUAGAUGAAACACCACAAUCCAAAUCAUCAUUUCAAUUAUUACCUCAAUUAGAAGUUGAAGAAAGUGAAUAUCAAGUAAAUCAACCUACUCAGAUAACUUCAAAAAAGUCUGAUGUACAACCAACUCAAAUUUUAGAAACAACAAAAGAUAGUCAACCACUCACACAACUUAUUGAUAGUCAUAAUACAGUUUCUACUCAGGUAAUAGACAGUGACAACCCAAAUUCAGAUUCCAAUACAAAAAAAUCUGACUUAAAUGAUCUAUUCAUUUCUGAUGAAUCUGAUAAUGAUGAUUCUUCUAAUCAGCCACUUACAAAAGAAGAAAGAUUAAAAAGAAUUACUGAAUUAGCAGAACAAAAGAGAAAAGAAAGACUUGCAAAAGAACAAGAGGAAGAACUUUUGAACAAGGAUUUAACUAAAGGAUCACUAACAGAUGAAGAGGAUGACUUAAAUAAUGAAGCUAAUGAUACUGUUGUUUCAUCUCAUAUGAAAAAUGAUGGAUUAUCUACAAAAGAUCUUGAAAAAGCUCAAGAAUUUUUAAAUAUUCAAAAAAGACAAAUUGAUAUUAGACCUGAUUUUGAAAGAAAACAAGUUUUUACAAAAGAUAAAUUUUUGAAUUUAUUUUCAGAUUCCGAAGAUGAUGAUGAAAUUGAUAUUGAGUUCAACAAAACUAAAAAUCCAGCAAACUCCAACCUUUUAAAACCAUCAUCACCAGUUCAAGAUUUUAUAAAGUCCAGUCCAACAACUUCACCAAUAAAAGAUGAUGUUUAUGAUUUAUUUAAAGCUCCAUCAAAAACACAAACUAAAAAUCCAUUAGAAUUAUAUGCACAAAGAUUAAAACAAAAUUUAGGAAGUUCACCUACUACUACCUCCAAAGUCAUAAAUUUAGAUUCUGAUUCAGAUAUAGAGAUUGGUAAUUCAUCAUCUCCGAUUAAAUCUACAACUCAGUAUAAAACUAAAAUUUCAAAUCAUGCAAAAGAAUUGAAUAAAAUUCCUGAAUUGUCAAAAGAACAAAAGUUUCUUAUAAAGCAGAAAUUUAUGAAAAAGAAAUACCAAGGUACAAAGCAACUAAAAUCAAAAGACUUGGAUUUGAAGAAUAAGCAACAUAAAGAGUUUUUAAAACUGUUACAUAAAAGAAACUUAGAUCAAUUGAAAACCAAUAGAUUAAAUGAUCAUGAAUAUCAAGUACUAGAAGAAUUUGAGAAAGAGGAGGAGUCAUUAUCAUCAUUGUUGGAAAGAGAAAUGGAAAGAAAUAGAAAUAUUAGAAAGAAAGAGAAACUACAAGAAAGGGCUAAAUUAGCUUUAUUAGGUAAGAAAUUGGGUAUGAAAAUGGUUGAUAGUGAUGGUGAGGAAGAGUAUCAAGAAGAUGAUAAUGAAGUUGCUGAUUCUGAUGUACCUGAAAGUGAUUAUGACUCUGGUGAUUAUAAUGAUCAACUGGGGGUAGAUAUAUCCAACAAAUCUGAGAAUGAGGAUCAGGGAUUAGAAGAUCAAGAAAAAGAAGAUCAUCUGGAUAAUAUGAAUCCAAAUCAAUUUGACGAUGAUCAUCAUUUCAUUGAGUCGCUUCAUCCAAAAGACGGAGAAGAUUCAUUCAUGUCUGCUCAAAGUGAAGUUGACUUAAAGGGACAAUUACCAAAUUUUAAAGAUUUAACUCAAUCACAAACUCAGCAUGAAACCCAAUUCGAUGCUCCCACUCAAGUGGAUACUUCUUUAUUAAACAUCGAUAAUGCAAAUGAUCUUGCAGAAACUCAAAUAAUUAAGCAAGAAACUGAUAAAGUAAACAAUUAUUAUGAUGAUGAAGAUGAUGAUAUUAUUACUCCUGCAAAUGUGAAGAAGGGGCGUAAAUCUUUGCAUAAUAGAAUGACAAAAAUUAAACAAGAACAACAUCUGGAUAUCGAAGAAGAAAAUGAAGAUGAAGAUGAUCCAGAGGUAAUACAAAGAAAAAUCAAAGAAUACGAGCAAAGAAUAAGAAUGAAAGAAUUAAAAGCAAGAAAAAGAAGGAAGGAAAUGGAAAGGAAAGGAUUAAAAACUAUGCUUGAUGGCGAAGCAGAAGAAUCUGAAGAUGAAUGGAAAGGAUUAGGUGGUAUUGAUGGGGAAUUUAGUGAUGUUGCAAAUUCAGAAGAUGAAAAAAUGAUUGAUAAUGAUUUUAAUAUUGAUUUACAAAAUGAUGAAAUUAGACAGAAGUUUAUGGAAGAAUAUCAAAUUAAAGACCAAAAAGAAUUAGAAAAGUUAUUAGAUGAUAUAAAGAAUCAUAAAUUAAUUAAAAGAGUUGGUCAAAAUAAUGGAUUAGAUAUUGAAUUAAGUGAUGAAGAAGAUCAACUAUUAUCAGCUUAUAGAAAACAAAAAUUAAUUGAACAACAAGCAAGAUUAUUACAGAAUAAAAAAUUACAAGAAUUAAGUAAAAAUGAAAAAUCAAAAGCAUUUUUUGAUACAAUUCAAGAUAAACAUGAAGUUAUAAAAAUUGAUAGUGAUAGUAGUGAUGAUGAUGGAGAUGUUGAAGAAAUUGCAAAUCCAUUUAAAAAUGAUGAAGAGAAUGAAAAUACUGAAAAUGAAGAAGCUGAUUCACUAGAAAAAGAAGAACCAAUUAAAAAGACAAUCAAAAUUGAAGAAUCUUUUGUUCAAAAUAAAUUAUCAUUUUUGAAUUAUAGCAUAUACGAUGAUGAUGAUGAAUCAAGUUAUCAAAGAAUACAAAAGAUGUCAAAUCACCAAUAUGGAAUAUCUGAAGAUGAAGAAGAUGUAGUUGACAUUAAAGCACUAAGAUCUAAAAGUUCGCUAAAUCAAUGUCAAUUAGUAACAAUAGAAUCAGUGGAAGAAAUAAACAAUAAGAGAAAAUUAGAUCAAGAUCAAGAAACAGAUAUAGAUUCAGACGAUAAUGAAUUUUUACCAAUUUUCAAAAAACCAUCAAUUACAAAAUCGUUCAAGUCAUUUCAUGAACAACAAGGUGACUCUUUUAAAAAUGGUAAACAACAUUUUACAGGUGUUACAAUAAGUAGGCAAUAUAAAGUUGUAUCAGGUUCAAAAGCUUCUAUAACAUAUAAUUUAUCAAAAAACAAUAAUACCAAAAAAAUCAAGAGUUUAAAAGAACAAAGAAUUGAAAAAAAUUUAAGAAGUUCUUCAAAUCAUUCACUGAUUUUUUCAAAUUCUGAAUUUUAA